GCUACAUACUACAGAGCUCAAGGCAAGUGAUACCGCCAUCACGCCGACGUGCCGCGGCUCGGAUCCCUAGACGCUUCUACAUUCUUCUGCGCCUCUGCGGCACGUAUAAAUUCGAUGCCCGUCUACGGCCGGCACGUCGAGUUGCACGGCGCCACGGUGCUAGCUAGCGGUACGUACAUCCCAUGGCAAGUCCCAACGUCAGCGACGACGAGAACUCUGCUCCUACUCUCCAAGAGCUGCCACGGCCAGCCAUGGACAGAGGCAAGGCCAAGGCCGCCCGCCAUGCCGCGGCUAUCGCCGCAGACGCAGAGCCCGACCAGAACGAAGAGCUGUUCAGCGAAUCAGAGUCAGGUUCAGAGUCUAUCGAGAUCGCCGACCUCAAGAAACGCAUGUGGAAGGACCAAAUGCUUCUCAUGAAGCUCGAGGGCAGCUCGGGCGGCCAUGACCGGAGAGCCGGCGCGCAGCGGCCAGCAGCUGGCUCGCACCUGGCCCAAGCCCAGAAGGACUCAGAGACGCCCGAGUCACGGUACCGCCGCAAGGCGAUGCUCCGGGCGCAGGACGGCGUCCUCCGGCACAUGCUCAGGAUGAUGGAGGCGUGCAACGCGCGGGGGUUCGUGUACGGCAUCGUGGACGAGGCCGGCGUGCCCGUGUCCGGCUCCUCCGACAGCCUCCGCGGCUGGUGGAAGGAGGACGUCGGGUUCGAACGGUCCGGCCCGCUCUCCUUGGUCGGCCCGGGGACGGCGCACGGGAGCCCGGCGUCGUCGUCGUUUCUCCACGGGCUCCUCGACAUCCAGGACAGCACGCUGGGGUCCCUGCUCUCGGCGCUCAUCCAGCACUGCGAGCCCCCUCAGCGGAGCUUCCCGCUGGACCGGGGCCUGCCGCCGCCGUGGUGGCCCACGGGCCAGGAGGUCUGGUGGGGCCUGCAGGGCGAGAGCCAGGCCCAUCAGGGCCCGCCGCCGUACCGGAAGCCCCACGACCUGAAGAAGGCGUGGAAGAUCUCCCUGCUGAGCGCGGUGAUCAAGCACCUGACCCCGCGCUUCGACCAGAUGCGCAGGCUCGUGUGGCAGUCCAAGCGGCUGCAGCACAGGAUGAGCGCCAGGGACGCCGAGACCUGGUCCAGGGUCAUCACCCAGGAGGAGGCGCUCGACCGCCAGGUGCAGCGUUCGCUGCAGAUCACGCCGCUCGACGAGGACGACAAGGAUUCCGCCGUCGGCGAUGGUCCGCGGGAAGCGGUACGCGGCAUGCACGUCGACAAGCGCAAGCGCCAGGUCGUCGGCAAUGAGAGCGCAGGUGGAAAUCUCGACACUGGCGUUGGCGCGGAGCCACUGGCGACGCUAUCGGGCAUUGACGGCGUCGCAGAGGCCGACCGCAAUUCCAUCGACGAGCUCAUGAAGAUGUACUACAGCUGCCUGCAGGGGACAGACGGUGGUGAGCAGGACACCAAGGAUGUGGUGGCCGUCGGACGUGGAGGUGGAGAACAGAGCAACACUCCUGCCGAGAACGCUCCGCUCGACGCCGAUCAAGGUGCAUGCCGAUAUGCCGCUUCAAGGUUUCCUGAGCGUCGCCGAUGUGAUGGACAUGAAUGACUUCCCAAGCAGUCCGAUCUGGCACUGGGGGAGUUCGGAUUUGGAUUAGUGUGUUCAUAAAUACGGAAGAAGUUUCUGAUCAACGCGGUGCAGUUCAGUCUACCUGACAAUUGCUCUAGUGCUCUGCUGUCUUCGUUUUCGGCAAGUCACUCCUAUACACGCGCACUGAAUUAGUGAAUUUAUCAGGUGGGUGUUGUAGCCUCGUGAUUGUGAAGGACGGAGCUGGAUCUCAGAUAUGCACCUACUGGAUUUCUUCCGGCAUGCAACCCGUCGUCUCUGUCCAAACCUAGUUCUGCUCCGUUCAGAUUUCAGAACUAGUCUGAUCAAAAAGUGUGGAUGACCAACUGAGGACUGAUCGAUCUCGAUGCACGAGGGUGGCAUAGAAAAUGGAUUGUUGCUCCUGAUCCAACGGAUACACAUGGGUUGUAUGUGUUUUAUGGGUACCGUUUUGUUAUUGACUUGUGAUUUGUGAAUUAUGAUGACCAUGUAUCGUUGCUUGUGUAUGGGUCUAUGGGAUAAGCUAACGGGUCAAGCCUUGA